AGCGAAAUCCGCCUUCUGCUUGGCGACCUCCCCUCUUCCUUGCCUUCACCCCUUCUGGAAGUCGACCCCCCUUUUCUCCUUCCAUUCGGCCCAGACUUCCUAGUCUCUUGCUUGCCUCUUCCUUGGGUCUCCGCUCGCAAAGCAAGCUGGCCAUCGAAAGCGUCAAGCAAACCUGACACCAGCGAAAAGCGCCAAAACAUUGGCCUAUUUUUUUUUUUUAUUCUUUUUAUUUUUUCUUUCUGUUGUUGUGAUUGUUUCACGACUUCUGAAGCCGUCUGGCCUGCCGUCCCCGCCGCUUUGUGACCUUCGCAGCCAAGAUCAACACGCAUUCUUCUCCAGUGACAUUGCGCCAUGUCGUACCGCGAUAGCUUUGCCGAUGUGCCGCUCGAGCAAAUGAGCGCCCGUCGUUCCAACGCCAUGUCCCCGGAAGACAUGUUCUUCCAGGAGCAGCUGCUGGCUGAAGCGUCCCGCCCGAGCUCGCUGCUCAUUCCCCCGAGCGUCUCAUCGUACGGUGGCGGUGGUGAGAUUGGUACCGUGUCUGUGAGGUCGUCGUCGCCAGUCAUCACACCCCAGCGCAGCCGCUCCAACUCUGCAUACAACAACGCUCCGGUGGUCGAUUUGCAUGCUCCCACAGCCAAUCCCCGCGGCAACUUUUCCAAUCUCGGAGUUGUUGUGACUCCCCUCGAGCGCAAGCGACAGUCCCGAGCGAUUGAAAACAUGGAGCUGGCCAGUCUCGGCUACCACGCAGAAGCGCACCAGGAACCUCAGCCGGCACUUCAACCAGCCGACCACUCGGGCGCGGGCGUCCCAGCCGCCGAAGCCGCUCCGGCUGCUCGAAAGGGCAAGACGAAGGCUGUGGCCUCCGCUGCCCCGCCUCCGGAAGAAAACCUUGACGCGCCGAGCCGCAAAUUGUUGCGUUCGCUCUCGAGCAACCACUUGGACGCCACAACCCAGGUGGAAGCGCGCGAGAUUCUCGACAUGCUUCCCUCAGAGCUGCGCUUCCAUACACGCCAGCUUGAAGAGCAGCUUCAGAGCGCGGAGGGCUUCCACUCGCCGUUGGUGCAAUCCUACUCGAUCGGUGAUACGGCCACCAUCCUGAGCCAGCAGGCCGAGGUACGUCGCUUAAAGCACCGGCCUACUCUGAAGAACGUCAAGCGAACGCGCUCCACUGAAAUGUACUCGGAACACGAGGUGGCGGAGCGCACGCAGUCGCUCAAGAUGGAAAUUGGCGCCACCAAGACCAAGAACCUGCAAAAGGAGCGCGAAAACCUGGGCCACAGCAUGACCAAGUGGAUUCGCUACCUCAAACAUCGCUACCAACGCAAGAAGGUGUUGCAGAAGGACCCCGUUCCCAUCUUCCGGCACUCCAUCAAGGUUAUCGAAGGUCGUCUCGGCACUGCCGUGGCUUCGUUCUUUGUGUUUACGCGGUGGCUGUUCCUCUUGAAUAUCGGCCUGUCCAUCAUUUGGCUGUCGCUCACCACCUUCCCGCAGCUCAGCCAGACCACUGGCAAUUCAUCCGUGGACUUUAACGCGCUCAACUUGCUGACCGGUGGCGGUUAUCUCGCCACGACUCCAAUGUUUUACGCUGGUUACGACAACUCGGUCCCGCACUACUCCAUGGAUUUGUCCUAUGUGAUUGCCAUCGGCGUCACCUACCUCAUCAGUUUCUUUGCCAUCUUGUACAGCCUUGGUGCCAAGUUUUCGCGAGAUCGUGAUCCCACCACUCUCGUCGCGCGUGAUUCGACCUACCCGUUUGCCGUGGCCGUGCUUGGUUCCUGGGACUACUCAAUCCGCGACGACAAUGGAGCAGUCACCAUGCAUCUUGGUAUUGCACACACCCUCAAAGAAAUCUACAGUCGCCAAGAAACAGCCCAGGCCGUGCUUACGACCAAGGAGACGGCGAAGCGAUUCGUUCGUCGUCUCAUCAGCAUGACUGUCAGUCUGCUGAUUCUUGCGCUUUGCGCGUACCUGGUGUACGUCUUGAUCGAUCUGCAGGCCUCCCAUGCCUUCGAUGACGGCGCAAUUCAACUCGUGGCGCCCGCUUCCAUCUCUGCCAUGAACAUUCUCGUGCCGUGGAUUUUUACCAAAAUGCUCGAAGUGGAAAAGUGGAGCAGUCAGGACGUCGAGCUUCGAGUCACCGUCUACCGCUCGUUCUUUGUGCGUCUUGCGGCUGUAAUUGCUGUCAUUGUUUCGAUCUGGCAAACGCGACAGAGCAAUCUCGCCACCCAGUGCUGGCAAAACCGCAUUGGCCAAGAAAUGUAUCGUAUGCUGGUGAUUGACUUGAUUGUCAGCUCCAUCUUCACGAUCGUCCAGCAAUUUGGCUGGCGCUACAUGAAGGACAAAAUUCUGCAUCGUGGAAACAAGGUUGACUUUGACAUGUCCAAGAACGUCCUCGACAUGACCUACCGUCAAACUUUGAUCUGGCUCGGCUGUCUCUUCUGCCCAGUCUUGCCAGCCAUUGGCAGCAUUUCAAUCAUCAUCACUUUCUACAUUCGAAAGUUUGUGUACUUGCGCGUUUCCAAGCAGCCCCGCCGCUUCUUCUCCGCGGCUCGCUCCAACUCUUUCUUCUUGCUGACCCUUCUCAUGACUCUGAUUCUUGUAUUUAUUCCUGUGGGCUACAUUCUCGUCGAUGGCCAACCCUCAUGCGGCCCUCACAAGAACCUAGACUCCAUUUAUUCGAUUGUUCCGUACUGGCUGCGACGAGGUCCGAGCUGGAUUCUCGCCAUCACCAACUACUUGUUCACGGUCGCAUUCCUGGUUCCAUUCUCCCUGCUUCUCAUCUCGGCAUUGUACUACAUGCACGCCUCCAAGAAGGGAAUCAAGGAGCGCCUGAAAGAGACCACGCUGCAAUUGGACAUGGAGCGUGAGGACAAGCGCUACUUGCUGAAGCAGUAUCGCAUUAAUUAACUACUGUAGCAUCAGUGUAUCUACAUGCACUUCAGGUUGUGUUGAGAGUCGUCGUUCGCUUUUUGUGUUUGCUUUUAGUUGCUUGUGUGUUUGUUGAUUUUUUGUAAAUCGAUUUCAUUGGUAGUAACACA